GUUGACCUAGCACUGUCUGCCCGGAAGUUCCCGCCGCGGGUUGCUAGGAGGCGAGAAAACGCCCGUCCUUUGGGAUAGUUUGUCCCUCCGUCUGUGCCGUCCCGUCCACAUCCCUGUGCACUGAUUGACUUUCGCUUCUGCCCCACUCCCGGAAGUGAUCCCGCCCCUGUGUUGUCAUGGAGAAGGGACGCUGCCUGCGGCCCAUGCUGGGAGAGAUUCAGUCAUUGCUUACUCAGUACCGGGCAAAGAUCCUGGCCCUUCACCACCGACUGUAUGAACACAUGGAUCUUAGGAGUGCCAAGGAGAGUGAGAGCAUAAGCACCCUCCGAGAACAGGUCCAGUGCCUCACCAAUGAAAACGUGCAGCUGCAGGAUAGGAACGAAAGACUGUACACAAAGAUUGGAGAACUGCAGGAGAAGAUGGGGAAGCUGGCUGGUUCCAAAAUGGACUUGUCAUCCAGAUUGGUCUUCAGCGAGGAGGAGAAACUUAAGAUUUCUAAGGACCUCAUUGAUCUCCAGAUUGAGACAAAUAAAAUGAGAGAGAAGUAUGUGGCAGAGAACUUUGAACUGAAAAAUAUGAUCCCGACCCUGGAGAACCGUAUUCUGGAGUUGGAGCUCCACGAUGAGAAGGUCACUGGGGAGCAUGAUGCCCUACAGGAACGCCUGCACACUGUGGAGACCAAUCGCAAGGAGCUGGCUAAUGAGUACAUCAUUCUGAAAAGCAAUUAUAUGGCCCUGGGCAAAGAACAUGAACAGGAGGUUGCUAAGAACGAAGAGUUGAGCAUAGAGCUACUAAACCUGGUCAACACCAGGAGCUCCCUUACUCAGUCAUGGAGUAACUACGCCCCAUCCCAAGCCCUGGCCAAUGAAACGUCGGCUGAGCUGGAAAGGGUGCGGGCUGUGGUCCACCGCCUCUCUGCCCGGGAAGUGAAGCCAGAAGAUAUAGUUGCCUCUGAACAUGAACGUCGAAAACUGGAGAGACAUUUGCUUGGAAACCAGGAUCACAGAAGAGCUGAGAUUGAAAAAAUGAAGCAAACGUAUGACUCUCAACAACAGAAGCUGGAACAGAGAGUGGUGGCAAUGGGGAAGGAGCUGCAGCAGGCCAAAAGAGUGAUUCGCAAUACUCAGCACAAACUGUUGGAGCAUUCAGCGGUUGUGCUCACCUCUCAGAGCCAGCUCAAGGAGGUGGAGGUUGAGAAUUCCCAACUGCAGCUUCAGCUGAAGGAGCUGAAUGAGGAAUAUCGCUGUCGUCUUACUCAGUACAUCAAGGACCUGGUGGAAUAUAUGGACAGCAAAUCAAAUGCUUCUAAGGGGCCUAACAAAGAACCAGCUGACCAUGCUUACAUGAAGCGCUUUGUGGAUGGCAUGCUGAAGGACAUCCGGGCUGCCCAUAAAUCUCGGGAGGAGCAGCUGGCUGGAGCUGUGCGCAGUUACAAGAAGCGUAUGCAGAACCUUGUCAAGAGGCAUGAAAACCUGCUGAUUGCUUAUAGGAUGCAGCGUGAGCAGAUCCAGUCUCAGGGCGGCAGCAAGAUAGACCCAGGCCCUCCUGAGUUCUAUUUCACCAUCACAGAUUCUGAGCUACUGACAAGCACAACCCAGGAGCUAAACCAGCUGCGAGAGGACAAAGCAAAACUAGAGACACAACCGCAUGAACUGCAGGAGAAGAAAAGACUGCAUAAAAGCUCUGCGCUAGGACCAUCUCUUCACCAGAGGAUCUGGAGAGGGAGAGAAGCCAGCUGCUGACUCAGGCAAUUGUAGCAGAAGAGCAGGUGCUGGAGCUACAGGAAUACGUAGAUAAGCAUCUUGCAAGGUGAGAUGGGGAUCCCUUUAUUUGUCCUGUGCCCCAUGGAAAAGGCUUACUUCCAGGGCUGAUGAAUACUGUGAUAACUGCUGCAGUGUAGACACCUGACCUAACUGCUGCCUUCCUACAGUGCAGCCUAGCUAAUGUUUGAAAGUGAAUCCAGCUGUGGGAGCAGCUGGCAGUAUCAGUAGCUCAGCAUGAUCAAGGGAGUUUGCAUCUGUUCUUCUGGGCUGCAGCCCACCCUGCAGAUGAUGAAAGCUGUGUAGGAGGCUAAGGAAGGGGUGAGUGGGGAAGACUGUCUAGAAUUCAAAGCCUUUCCACUCUGUAACUCAUUUAACAUGUCAGCUGUCAACAACUGGUUCAUCACAGCCACAGCAAGGGAGACAAAAUGCUAGUGCUUCCACCACCAGGAGGCGCUAUUACACAACUUGUACAAUUGCAACUAAUUGCUUUUAAAAACAGAGGACCAAAAUCAUGCCUGGUGUAACUCCCAGGCUCGUUGCUGAUGGAAUCCCUUGGCUGAGUUCCUAGGUAUCAGUUCACAUGAAGGGUCGGGACAAAUGUAGCAUUGCCCUUAGCUGUAGUUUUCCCCGUCUGGAUAGUGUUUGGGAACUUGGCUUCAGUCUCCCAUUGGCUUUAUAAUCUCAGUCCUCAGCAGAGUUCUUAUGACCACAGCUGAUGCAAGGUUGACAUUGCUUUUCUUUGUAACCUGUGUUUCUUGCAGGUACAAGCAGGAGAUCCUGAGGUUAAGGAAACUUGUAGGGAGCGAGGCACCCAGCGCAUUCAGUGCUAGGGCUUCUGAUGCUUACUUAAUGCAGAGAUCCAAAAGAACCAUCAGCCCUGAACUGUAGCUUUUGCCAUGGCCCUGACAAGCAGCAGUCAUUAGUUCAUCAUAGGAAAGACAAGGACAUAAAACUGAGUUGCUACCAGGGUGUAGUAUUCAAUGCUCUGGCACACCAAGAGAUAAUCCACUCCAGCAAGUGCUCUUCACAUUGGGGCCCUCUUACUAGAGGACUAGGACUUGCUGAGAAGAAAAUCAGCAGUAUACAUUUGACUCUACAGAGGUAAAUAAAUUUACUAAAAAUCAAGAUCAAAACUCAGUGCUUUGUUCCCCCUUUAUCUUGUUUUGUCAAGUUUCACUCCCUCCAGUAGGCCAUAAACAUUUCCCUUUUAUUGCAGAAGUGCUCAGUAGCUGCAGAGCACCAUUGCAGAUAUCUCAGGGUGGUGCAGCACCAGAGUGGGUUGAACCAUCACCCAAACUUAGUCUACUGCAGAGCUGGUGGACUCAGCUUACUAUGCAUCUGAAUUAACAGGUUCCCUUCACCUUCUGCUAGACCGUUGCCUUUAGCAUUGUAACAAUUGCAAAGUGCUGUGCUUCACCAGUGCUAACUCCCACCACCUCGCCCCUGUCUGAGCUAGAGAGGAGUAGAGGUAGGGUUCAGGUUAGGAUUUGAGCUCAGCUGCUCUUAUGCACAGGGCACUGAAGAGACUUUACUGCUCUGCACUCAUGGUGAGUUGUUCCAUGGAGAAGGACCUGCUGGGUGGGGAUUAUGUGAGGAGGACCUACAGGGAAUUGAUUAGCAGGAAGAAAAGGGGAGAGCUGGAGAAGCUGCAUUACUGAGCCUUCCCCCCCAGAGAACUCUGAACACAGUCCAGAAUGGCUCUGUCUACAGUGAGGGGGCAAGCAGCACCCCAGCUCUGCCAGAACAAUGAAUCGAAUCCCACAGCCCUUUUAUUGUUUGAAAAUGA